AUGGCUGUACGACCUCUGGUGAGUUUGGUCACUGGGGCAGGCUCCGGAUUUGGAGCCUUAACAGCUCGAGCACUGGCAAGAUCAGGCCACACUGUAUAUGCUGGCUUCCUUCAGUCCAAUAAGGACAAAACUCCGGAUUACAAGGAUGCCGCAGACUUCGCUAGAGAAAACAACUGUCAGCUUCGAGGCAUACAACUCAAUGUGGUCAAGGACGACUCGAUCAAGAGGGCGGUUGACGAGAUCAUGGCCGAAGAGGGAAGGAUAGACGUCGUUGUACACAAUGCUGGGCACAUGAACUUUGGGCCCGCCGAGGCCUUUACGCCCGAACAAUUUAUGGAGUUGUACGAAGUCAACUGCCUGUCUUGCCAUCGUAUUAACCGAGUUGUUCUGCCCCAUAUGAGACGGGCCAAAAGUGGACUCCUUGUAUGGGUAUCGUCCAGCAGUGCUCACGGACCGAGCUCGCCGUUCCUGACACCAUAUUUUGCGGCAAAAGCUGCCCAAGAUUCCCUCGCACAGACGUAUGCCGUGGAGCUCACCCAGUUCGGUAUUGAAACGUCAAUUGUCGUGCCUGGCGUCUUCACAAAAGGCACCAGCCACUUCGCCACGGCGAUGAAGGCCGGUGAUACAGCAAUCGAACAAGAGUACAUGGAAGGCGCUCUGAAAGGGUGGGAUCACAUUGCUGCUGAGGGUCAUAACAGGAUUGUAUCACCAGAUGCUGAUCCUGGAGCCGUUGCUGAAGCUGUCCGUCGCGUUGUUGAUGCGGAGUACGGCAAGCGGCCGUUCAGAGUACAUGUUGAAUACGACGGAGGUGGCGCGGCUAUCGUCAACGGCGUCCGUGACUUGGUGAGAGAGACCUUUCUCAACAGACUCGGCCUGGCGGACCUGUUGAAGGUCAAGAAAUUCAAGUGA